CUCGUCGGCAGUGAUUGGCCUCAGUAACGACCAUGGCGGCCGUCAUUGAGGAGAAAUCCACCACUCAUACUAACAACGACAUCAGCCCUGUGUCCGACAUUGAACAAUCCGGCACUGUAGUAGACAAUGACGAAGCCGACAUCGCACCCUCCGAAAAAUCCCAUCUCCAACGCAAACUCGACUGGAUCAUCCUCCCCCCAAUCACCCUCCUCUUUUUCCUCUCCUUCCUUGACCGCUCCAACAUCGGCAACGCAAAACUCGACAAUCUAACCAAAGAUCUGCACAUGACCGGCGAGCAAUACCUAGUCACGCUUUCCGUAUUCUUCAUCGGAUACAGCGCAUUCGAGAUCCCGUCGAAUAUUGCGCUGAAAUUGACUUCUCCGCGGAUAUGGCUGCCAACGUUGAUGUUGAUAUGGGGUGUAGUUGCUACACUGAUGGCAUUGUCGACAAGUUUUGGUGGAUUGCUAGCGGCGAGGUUCUUUUUAGGAGCCACGGAAGCUGGUGUUUUUCCUGGUGCCAUAUUUUAUCUCUCUAUGUGGUAUGGACGGACAGCGUUGGUGCGUCGGGUGACGCUGUUUUAUACCUCGACUUCCCUUGCUGGCGCAUUUGGCGGAAUCCUGGCGUACGGGAUAGGACAUAUGAGCGGCAUUGCGGGUAAACAUGGCUGGUUUUGGAUCUUUACUAUCGAGGGUAUCGCGACUGUGGUCAUUGCCGGGAUUUGUUACUUUCUUAUCCAGGAUUUUCCGGCCCAGGCGAAGUUUCUCUCGCAGAGAGAGCGCAAAGUGCUGAAUGCAUUGCUAUUCGAAGACAACGACGCCCUCCGCGACGAGCCUUUGUCAUGGGCAGAAGUUCGCAGGACAUUUCGCGACGUCAAAGUAUGGCUGUACACGAUUGCAUGGAUGGGUCAAGCAUUACCCCUUUAUACCGUAACCCUGUUCCUUCCAACCAUCAUCGCGAACCUGGGCUAUUCCGCCGCGAAUGCGCAACUAUUAACCGUCCCACCCUAUGCAGUCGCAACUGUAAUUUCAAUCGGCAUCGCGCUCCUGUCCGAACGCUACCAUACCCGUGGCCCCUUUAUCGUUGGAAGCUGCAUCCUCUCCAUAAUAGGCUACACCCUCCUGCUGAGUAACCAUAAAGUCGGUGUUCAAUAUCUAGGCACAUUCUUCGUGUGUGCGGGUAUUUUCCCCUCUGCAGCCCUGAUUUUCACAUGGAUCGCAUCAAAUGUCUCGGGCCAAGUUAAACGGUGCGUAGCUGCAGCUAUUCAGAUUUCUAUUGGUGAUAUCGGUGCUGUGGUGGGAUGUCAAUUGUAUCGCCCUGAUGAAUCUCCACGAUAUCCAUUGGGUCAUGGUAUGGCCCUGGGCUUUGUGGUUGGUACCUUGGUUACUUCGUUGUUGUUGUGGAAUUUGCUGGUUAAGGAGAAUCGGAGACGGGAUCAGAUUACUGGUGGUCCACCGAAGGAUACUUCGUUUCUGUGCAGUGAGGAUUUUGAGGGGGAUGGUGAUGUGAGGUGGAGAUUUAUUGCAUAG